AUGUUGAACCAUCAAAGAGUUCAAAAUCUUGUAGUUGAAGACAUUACAAAUUUCGUGAAAUUUAUUGAGAGUGGAUUUGAUGUUAUAAAAUUUGCUCUUUUGUAUCUCGCUUUUCUUAGACAUACCGUCAUAAAAAAAAAGAAUCAAGCCAUGCUUAGUAAUAGACGUAAUUACAUGGAAACCUUGGUGAAAAUUAUUAAUCAUCGAAGAAAUGUAAUUGAAAAUACAUCGGUUGAAAACGAAUUGAGACAUGAUAUGUUAACUUCUUUAAUCACCGCAAACACCGAACCUAUUGCUGGCGGAGUUGACACAACUGCAAACUUAUUAUGUUUUGUCAUAUACUAUUUAUGCCAUUAUCCUGAUGUAUUGGCUCGGUUGCAAAAGGAACUUGAUUCGAUCGAUCUUUGA